UGCCGUAUAAAAGCUCUGUGCGCACCACAUUCUGUCCUUUUGCCUCUUUAAGCGAGGAUUUCGUGUUAGUUGCUGGGCACAGCCGUUGAAUCGAAAUGGGAAAGGAAAAGAUCCACAUCAACAUCGUGGUCAUCGGCCACGUCGACUCCGGCAAGUCCACGACCACCGGCCACCUGAUCUACAAGUGCGGAGGGAUCGACAAGAGAACCAUCGAGAAGUUCGAGAAGGAGGCGGCCGAGAUGGGCAAAGGCUCCUUCAAGUACGCCUGGGUGUUGGACAAACUGAAGGCCGAGCGUGAGCGUGGUAUCACCAUCGACAUCGCUCUGUGGAAGUUCGAGACCAGCAAGUACUACGUGACCAUCAUUGAUGCUCCUGGACACAGGGACUUCAUCAAGAACAUGAUCACUGGUACCUCCCAGGCCGACUGCGCUGUGCUGAUCGUUGCUGCCGGCGUCGGUGAGUUUGAGGCCGGUAUCUCCAAGAACGGUCAGACCCGUGAGCACGCCCUGCUGGCCUUCACCCUGGGCGUCAAGCAGCUCAUCGUCGGUGUCAACAAGAUGGACUCCACCGAGCCCCCUUACAGCCAGAAACGAUUCGAGGAAAUCCAAAAGGAAGUGAGCGCCUACAUCAAGAAGAUCGGCUACAACCCUGCCACCGUGGCCUUCGUCCCCAUCUCUGGUUGGCACGGAGACAACAUGCUGGAGGCCAGCGACAAGAUGAACUGGUUCAAGGGAUGGAAGAUUGAGCGUAAAGAGGGCGGAGCCACAGGCGUGACCCUGCUGGAGGCCCUGGACUCCAUCCUGCCCCCGUCCCGUCCCACCGACAAGCCCCUGCGUCUGCCUCUGCAGGACGUCUACAAGAUCGGCGGUAUCGGAACCGUUCCCGUCGGCCGUGUUGAGACCGGUGUCCUGAAGCCCGGCAUGGUGGUGACCUUUGCCCCCCCCAACCUGACCACUGAGGUGAAGUCUGUGGAGAUGCACCACGAGUCUCUGCCCGAGGCUAUGCCCGGCGACAAUGUUGGCUUCAACAUCAAGAACGUGUCUGUGAAGGAGAUCCGCCGUGGGAACGUGGCCGGCGACAGCAAGAGCGACCCGCCUCUGGCCGCCGAAAACUUCACCGCUCAGGUCAUCAUCCUGAACCACCCCGGUCAGAUCUCCCAGGGUUACGCCCCCGUGCUGGACUGCCACACCGCCCACAUCGCCUGCAAGUUCAGCGAGCUCAAGGAGAAGAUCGACCGUCGCUCCGGCAAGAAGCUGGAGGACAACCCCAAGGCCCUGAAGUCUGGAGACGCCGCCAUCAUCACCAUGGUGCCUGGAAAACCCAUGUGUGUGGAGAGCUUCUCUCAGUACCCCCCCCUGGGGCGUUUUGCGGUUCGUGACAUGAGGCAGACGGUGGCCGUCGGCGUCAUCAAAUCCGUGGAGAAGAAGGCCGCCUCCGGUGGAAAGGUCACCAAAUCUGCACAGAAGGCAGAGAAGAAGAAAUGAAUGUUUGUGCAGGACGACCAACGUGAAGUCUUGUCUCAGCGGGCCGGCCCGUCUCCCCGACAUCACCCGGCGCCGUCGCCUCUGAGGCUCAGCUCUCUGCUCAAGGACUGGCUAAAGCUCAUUAAAGCUCAUCGCAAAAGUUUCCGCAGGAAAGGAAGGUCUGCGCCUUCGACAGGAAGCUGCGCUGAUCAUUAAGCUGAAGCCAAAACAAUAAAAAUCUCAAACUUUGCCAAACGA